AUGGAGCAGACAAAGGAGCCACCCAGCGACUGGGACAGGGAUGGGGGGACGGUACCCGGCACCCACAGAGGCACUGUGAAGUCCUCAGAGAUGGACACCCCUGAGAGCCUGGCGACGCUGCCCCCAUCACCCAGCCUGGGCUGCACCUGGGAGCUGCCCCCCACGCCCCCCCCAGAUACCUUGAAACCCUACAAGUGCACCGAGUGCGGCAAGGCCUUUGGGCAGAGCUCGCACCUGAUGCGGCACUUUGGCACCCACACGGGCGAGAAGCCCUACAAGUGCGGCGCCUGCGCCAAGAGCUUCACCCAGAACUGCAACCUCCUGCAGCACCAGCGCACCCACACCGGUGAGAAACCCUAUGAAUGCAACGCUUGCGGCAAAUGUUUCAGCUGGAGUUCCAACCUCCGUCGGCACCGCCGUCUCCACAGCGGCCAGAAGCCCUUCCAGUGCGGCCAGUGCGACAAACGCUUCGUCGAGAGCACCCAUCUGCUCGACCACCAGCGCACCCACACCGGUGAGAAGCCCUACCGCUGCCCCAACUGCCCCAAGACCUUCGGCCGCAGCUCCAACCUCGCUCGCCACCGCCGCCUCCACGUAGCUGAGCCAGGGCCCGAUCCAGCCCUGGCGAUGCACCAGGGGCUCUGA